AUGAAAGUGCCAAACCAAGCUUGUAAAUUUGAAGCAGAUUGGAAGAUAUUUGCUGUCAAAAUCUUUAAGGGAGAUCUCUAUGUUGGAGGUGUUUGUACAGGUGAAACAGGUGACCAACUUGAUGGUGUUAUUAUGAGAUUCAACUCUAAGCAGGAAUGGGAAGUUAUUGUUCAAUUUGAUCUCGAUUACAAAGAAAGAGGAGGAGUAAAGUGGACACCUUGGUCAAGAACCGCAACUACACCACAACCAAUGAUAACACAAUUGGCCUUUGACGACUCUGGUGAUAUGGCCAUUGCAGUCAGAGAUAGAACCACAGAUACCAGAGAUGGAACAUCCUGGCCAGAUCUUUAUUUGGCAUGUCCAAACAAAUACGGAGAUUACGAGUUUGAAGCGUAUGGUAAAUGUGGUGGAAGACAAUCAGUACCUGGCCCCGGACAAGGAACUGGUCCCGGAGGAUAUCACUUCCUCGAUGCCUCUGGUACUCGUGGCCAAAAUGUUGCAGGAGGUGUUGCUCGUGCCGGACCAACCGGUAUUGUUGCCUCUGGUUCCGAUAUCAUGAAUGCCUACGAAGGUGGAGUUUCUUUCAUCGACACAAACAAUGGAACCAGACUUAACAGAUUCGAAAUUUACAACCAAGCCAGUCCAGGAAAUUUCGCAAAGGCCUCCGGACUUGGUGCACUCGUCGAUAUGUACGCUCCAUCGGCACCCAGCACCUACGAGUGCGGAAGAAUUUGGUUCGACUGCAAUUCCGAUGGAAGACAAGACUGUGGUGAACCUGGUAUUCCAAAUGUCAGAGUUUAUCUCUACGAUCAAACCAACCUUACUGCUCCAGCUGCCAACACCACCUCCGAUGACAAAGGAAACUUCAACUUUGAACUCAAACCAGGCAGAAAAUAUGCAUGUGUCAUUCCAGUUGCCGAGGUUAUGGACAAGUUUGGUCCAUUCAUUUUAACUCCAAUCUAG